CAYCUUGCCGGCAGCUCAAAAACUUGGCGACGUUGUGCCCGGUUUAGCCAAAACAGUUAAUACAUAURUGUUAUUUUUUUACGGAAAAUGUUUGAUGGACKGUGAAUUGAAUUUCAUAGUUCUCGGACCUUAAUCAACAAUGAAGAGUUGCGAAAUGUUUCCAUYAUUCGUAGCCAUGGUUUUCUUUUAUAUUUGACGAAUACAGCAACUGAAAAAUGUUCUUCCAUGCAAAUCUGUUCACAAGUUGACCACGAGAAUCGAGUGCGCCGAGAAUAAAGACCACUUCGAUAUGUCAAAACUAUGAAACUUAAAYACAUCGAGCGUUUAGGAUCAUGAAGWUUAAAAGAAAAYUUGUUCUACUGUGGACUAUUCUAGCGGCUUUGGUAUACCGCUGCCAUUCAGCGAACAAUUUCAAGCCUCAUUUUACAACGAGCAGUGGAGUUAUAACAAUAAAAGAAGACGUUAAAGUUGGUUCGGUGGUGUUCGUUUUAAGUGCAAGCGACAACGAGAACGAUCCCAUGUACUUCAGUUUAGACUCAACGGGUCAAAGUUUAUUCAACGUUGGGUCUUUGAAUGCCGACCAAAAGUCGGUAAAUCUAACUCUGAAAACUAAACUAAACAGAGAGCUAACGUCAAAUUAUGAGUUCAAGGCUUUUGUAAGCGACAAACAAAAUGAUGAAACAAGACGGGGAGAGAAAACUUUUUUUGUCACUGUAAUCGAUGUCAAUGACAACAAACCAGUCUUUAUAACACAACCUUAUAGGGUUUCCGUGCCAGAGAACACCACGUUAAAUUCUCUAUUAUUAACCGUGUCUGCCACUGAUGCUGAUGAAGCCGCUAAUGCUGCUGUACAAUAUAGAUUCAGCAACGACUCACGCUCGGAUAUUAAGCUUAUCACAUUAUGGAAGACUGAUAAAUUCACCAUUCACAACUUAAAUGGGAAAAUAACAUUAACAGGAGCUUUAGACUAUGAGACAGCAUCAUCAUAUGUACUCACUGUUGUUGCAGAGGAUACGGGUGUUCCUCAACAAAGCACAGAAGCHACUGUUGUAAUUGAUGUUGUGGAUAUAAGUGACAUGCCACCAGUGUUCGACAAAUUGGUAUACAUUGAAAGAAUCACAGAAAACACACCAAAGGGCACUUCAUUAGUGAAAGUUGCUGCCAGAGAUGGUGAUAGAGGAGUAAACAACGCAAUACGUUACGAAAUAACUCAAGGUAAUACCGAUGGAUCUUUUACAAUCAAUCCAACCACUGGUCUCAUCACUGUUAAUGGAAGCCUUGACGCCGAGAAAACCAGAAGCUWUACAAUUUUUGUUCRGGCCUUUGAGGUUCCUGAUCCAAGCUCUAAUACAACAGCCCAAGUUCUGGUAGAAGUUAUCGAUCAGAAUGACAACCCUCCUGUUCUUAAUAAGCACACUUACCAAUUUGAGAUACCCGAGAACCAGGCAGUUCCUGGGCGAACUAUUACUAAUGAGAUCACAGUUACAGACAAAGACAUACUGCUCGAGCACCGUUCGUACCAAUUCGAGCUAGUUGGUGCCGAUAGCAGUAAAUUCAGCAUUGAUCGAAGCAGUGGUGUUCUGAAAUUUAACAGUACAUUGGAUUACGAAUCCAAGUCUAACUUUACAUUCACGAUUGUUGCCACAGAGACAUCAACGGUAGAGAAAUUCAGCGACAAYGCUACAGUCGACGUUUACUUAAUUAAUGUUAAUGACAAUGAACCAAAAUUCCAACAAAAUUCUUAUAAUUUUACGUUCAAUGAGGAAAUUCUUCCUGGAUCUUCAAUCGCAGUCAUAAAGGCGACAGAUGGUGACCUUGGUACUUUCGGUGUAGUGAAUUACGAAUUGAAGGGUGAUUCUGCCGAAUAUUUUACUGUUGACUCAUCGACUGGUAACAUCACAGCAGCAAAGAAACUCGACUAUGAAAACAAGAAAUCUUAYCAGUUUCGRUUGUUUGGAAGGGACGGUGGGGGAGGAUUUGAUUACAAGGAAGCCUCCACGUCUAUUAACCUCUUAUUGGUUGAUAUCAAUGAUAAUUCCCCAGUCUUCAGCAAGAACUCAUACUCAGCCUCGAUAUCGGAAAACCUCCCCGCUGGUACGCCUCUGUUGGACGUGRCCGCUACGGACAAAGACAGCGGAGAGUUUGGGCGAAUUUCAUAYUCUAUUUCUGAUGGUAAUAAUGGAAGUGCUUUUGAAAUUAAUGGCACUGGACAUAUCUCAACUACGAUAUCUCUAGACAGAGAGACUAUAUCAUCUUAUCAGCUAACGGUCCUGGCUUCCGACCAUGGCUCGCCAAACAGAAGCACAUCAGUUAUGGUUACAGUGACUGUACUGGAUGAGAACGAUAACUCGCCAGUCAUUUUACCUGGACMAGAUAUCUACCGUAAUAUCAGCGAGGAUGCAGGUGGUGGCACUGAAUUACUAUCAAGCAUCGCGGUUAUAGACAAAGACGAAGGGAAGAACAAGCAGUUACUUUACAGAAUAUCGUCUGGAAACAACUUUAAACGCUUUAAUAUCAACCCUGAAACUGGACGUAUCACCAUUUCACCCAGCGGACUUGAUCGUGAAGAUAAACCGAAGUACGAUCUGGUAAUCAAUGUUACAGACAAUGGAAACCCCCCAAGAUAUAAUACAACAACUGUCYAUGUAACWAUCAUUGAUGUCAAUGACAACGUGCCACAGUUCGUUCCCAGUCCAACCGAGGAUCCAAAUAGCUACAUCAUCACAAUUCCAGAAGGACCYRGUACMCUUAAUUCUACUAUUAUYAAUCUAAACGCCACUGAUAAAGACGACGGGAUCAACGCRAUGAUACGGUAUACAAUAACCGAUGGCAAUGGGCAAAACUUCUUUGAUCUCGAUCCAUCUACGAUAUGUUGUUGACGUUAAUGACAAUAUCCCGAAGUUCGGAAAAAAUAUUUAUGAGGUUCGUACAAGUGAGGCGACAUUGUCAGGUUCCAACAUCCUCCAGGUUACAGCAGYCGAUGAUGACUGGGAUAACAACGGGAGAGUUAGCUACAAUAUAACCGCUGGAGAYACACAAGGUACCUUCGAAAUAACUCCAAAUGGUAAUAUUGCUAUCAAGAAAACGUUAGAUGCAGAGAAAGCUGCAUUGUWCAAUCUAACAAUCACAGCCAGUGACCAUGGAAACCCUCCACUGACUGCAACGGCCUUUGCGGUCAUUAAUGUUGAUGACGUCAACGACAACGAUCCCUCUUUCAACCAAUCAACAUACACAGCUGAUGUUAGAGAAAACGUUCAAGUUGGGACCCCGGUAGUCUAUGUAUAUGCCACAGACGACGACAAAGGACCCAAUGGGGAGAUUACCUACUCAAUAACCAAUGGAAACAAAAACAGUGCCUUCGCUAUUAACAAUGUCACUGGUCAAAUUACCACUAACUCGCUGAUUAACAGGGAAAAAAAUUCAUUUUAUUCAUUAACUGUACAAGCAGAAGAUCAGGGACGUCCUUCGAGUAGAAAGGACUUUACCACAGUGGAAGUUACCAUCGUGGACGAAAACGACAAUGACCCAUCAUUCUCUGCAGUUUCUUAUGUGGGUGAGAUAUUUGAAAACUCUCCCGCAGGAACACCUCUAGAAAUGAAGACUCCAGUUCAAGCCACAGACAAAGAUACAGGAAAUAAUGCGCUUAUGACUUUUUUUCUUGCGGGUCUGGGUUCUGAAAACUUUGUAAUCAACGCAACGACUGCUGUUAUCACCACAAGGAACGGCAGUUCACUCGACAGAGAGAAAAAUGCUUCUUAUUCACUGCAAGUGACCGUAGUCGAUGGYGGUGGYCGRAAUUCAACAGYCGRUCUAACAGUUACUGUAAAAGAUGUUAAUGACAUGUCCCCCCGGUUUUCUAGCUCGAAAUUCUACGCCAAUGUUUCCGAGUCUGCUAAACGUGGUACUGUUGUCAGGAGGGUGACAGCUACAGAUGAUGAUGAGGGUAUUAAUGCGCAGAUCGUAUAUUCAUCAAAUGGGGCAGAUGCUAAAUUCUAURUAAAUAGAGACACAGGGGAUAUCAUCGUUGAUUCCAAUCUAGAUCGCGAGUUUAAAAGCGAGUACGUCUUAAAUAUCACAGCAGGGAAUUUCAUAGGGAACGUGCCAGAUGCGUAUACACAAGUCUUCAUUACCGUUGAGGACGUCAUAGAUGAUAGACCAUACUUCAACACAUCGUCCAUAACCGCACAGCUACUAGAGAAUGCUACAAUAGAUACUUUAGUCACUAAAGUUGAGGCACUAGAUAAAGACGUUGGUGACACUCUAUCUUAUGCAAUAGUAAAAGGAGAUUUAUUUGGUCAGUUUAGAAUUGAUAACGUUACUGGGGAAAUUCGCACAUCAAAUGCACUCGAUAGAGAGAAUAUAACGCAAUAUACUCUGACUAUUGAAGCCACGGAUAGCAUAGGUCUAAAAGCAACUGUGCCAUUCAUUCUCACCAUAUUGGAUGUCAAUGACAACGACCCUGUGUUCAUGGAAAAAUCUCUAUUUGUUGAAUAUCGAGAAGAAUCACCAAAAGGCACAAGAGUAACAACAGUGAAAGCAACUGAUUCAGAUGAAGGCGUAAAUGCUAAUAUUCGUUACGAUAUAGUGGAGAAUAUCACUGACUACCUAUCUAUUGACCCAGUAUCUGGUUUAAUAACUCAGGGCGAUAAACCGCUCGAUCGUGAGCAGGAUCCUUUCUUCAACUUUACUGUAAAAGCAACUGACCAAGGAGUCCCUUCGAGGUCUGCUGUUGCCCAAGUGUCCAUAAACCUGCUUGAUGCUAAYGAUAAUAAUCCAACAUUUUCCAAUAGUACAUUCUAUGCUUCAGUCAGAGAAAAUCAACCUCCAGGAACUCCUGUAAUAGUUAUWACAGCAACCGACAAGGACUCGGGUAGCAAUGCAAAACUGAUUUAUGGUUUGAUUGAUCAAAAGUCAAGGUUUUCAGAGGAUUUUAAAAUUGACGAAAGCACAGGAAAUGUUACGACAGGAGAAAAAUUAAAUCGGGAAAGAAUAAAUGAGUAUACACUCACCAUCCAAGCUCUAGAUGGAGCUUUUCGUCCGCGUAGAGGAUCUACAACGCUUAUCGUAACCGUCUUGGACGAUAAUGAUCAUGCUCCAGUAUUUACAGAAGCAACCUACACUGCCAAAGUCAGUGAGAAUGUUGGUAUUGGYUCUACAGUGACAAAGGUCUCUGCGACGGAUAAGGACAUAGAUGAGAAUGCGCGCAUAACGUAUUCACUCCUAUCAGGAAACCAAAAGUCUCCAAACUGGUUCUAUCUCUACGAUCUCUCAUGGCCUCUUAACUCUAUAUCUCAUAAAACAACUACUGGAUCAACAACAGGUCUUAUAAGAGGCGAUAUUAAUAUGGUACAAGGCCCUGGGAUGUUAGCCAUGAACCUUAAUGGAAUUAAUUCUGCUAUAAACUUAGGCAGUCUAAAGAAAACCUGCAUUACUGAUCUAGAACUUUGCCAUGAGGGAAUGUCUUUAAUUUUUUGGCUUAAGCUCGACUCUUUAGCUAACAGCUACACAAGCUUUUCGCGARAAGGCUUUAUACUCUCAAGCGGAGGWGAGCUACCGCUCUCCAAGGGUGUGGCUGUAUACUUAAACGACUUYAAACUCCAUGUCAAAGUCUCUACUUCUAAUACACUAUGGCACUGUAAUGCUUCUUUUAUAAUUAAUCGAUGGACUCUUGUCACUWUUACCUGGGCCAACAACACAGGUUUAAGCCUGUAUUUCAAUAGUUCAAGGACUGCCRCGGACKUUAGUGGAGUAAAUACCGCUGAAAGAACUGCAGGCUCGUCUCUACGAGUCUUUAUUGGCCAAUCAAAUGGAAUCCAACCCAAACAUGCAGGAUUUUCAAUAUCCACUCUUGCWGUGCRGAAUAAAAUCAUUGGUUUGGAGAAAAUACGACAUAUUCUCACCUCAGAUAAGGCUUUUAAAAUCGAUAAUACAUCAGGAGUUAUAACAGCAGCAUCUAAGCUUGACAGAGAAACCAAUGAUUCAUACACUAUUGUUAUAAAGGCAGAGGAUCAGGGGAAUCCUGCAAAAAGCAGCAAUGCGACAGUUAAAAUCACAAUAGAAGACUAUAAUGAUAAUGUUCCUAAAUUCAGACAGUCGAAUUACUCAGCGACUUUGAGGGAAAAUGCGAGAAAGGAUACCACUGUGGUUACUGUUAGUGCCACUGAUGCUGACAUUGGUCGAAAUGGUCUUAUAAAAUACAAGAUCGAAUCAGGAGAUGACAACAGUAUCUUCGCAAUAAAUGAGCAAAGUGGUGUCUUAAUUUUAAAAGGAAAAUUAGACUUUGAAGUCACCAAAGUAUUCAAAUUGAACAUAUCAGCUAAAGACAGUGGAGACAUCCCACUUACCGGUUUUACUCUCGUCACGGUUAACGUCCAAGACGUCGAUGACAAUGCACCAGUAUUUACCCAAAACGAGUACAAAGUAAGCGUAUUGGAGAACAUUACACAAUGGAGAUUAGUGGCCCAGCUUAACGCAACGGACUCCGAUAGUGCACAAGCCCAGAGCAAUAUUCUAUAUAGGAUAGAAAGUGGUAAUGAUGGUAACAUGUUUGGGAUUGGCCAACUAAAUGGGACGGUGUAUCUAUUAUGUGGAGAUGGGAAAUGCCUUGAUAGGGAAAAGAAGCAAGAUUAUUCAUUGACCGUCGCAGCCGUUAGCAUGGUGAAUGCGACGGAACAAAAAGGAACCGCUAAGCUUCAAAUCCAGAUUCUUGACGUUAAUGACAUGGUUCCAGUGUUCCUCAAUCUGCCGUACGACACAACAAUCCUAGAGGAUAUAGGAGAWGAGAAUUCCGGUGUCAAUGAUGACAUACUGACAUUAGCAGCCAARGAUGGUGAUAUCGGUCUUAAUGCUGAGAUCGUUUUUGACAUAGUUUCAGGCAAUAAUGAAGGAUACUUCACAUUGAAUAAUGUUACUGGAAAACUGAGAAAAUUGAAGUCAUUGGAYCGAGAGAAAAAUGCCUUGUUCAAUCUUGUUGUCCGGGCAACAGACAAAGGUGUUCCACCGCUGUCCAGUACAACUAACGUGACUUUGAGGAUUAAAGACCAGAAUGACAACUAUCCUAACUUUACAUCGGUUGGAAUGGAAGUCUAUCGUGUAUUUGAGAACAUCACCGUGAAUACGCAAAUAUACCAAUUCAGCGCAACAGACAAAGAUGAAGGGAAUAACGCUGUCAUACAGUAUGUAAUCAUMAGCGGGAACACUGGCGGUGCAUUCGUACUCGACAACAAAAAUGGUWCUCUUAAGACUGCAAAAGUACUUGACCAUGAGGACAUACCAGUGUAUGACCUAAUCAUACAAGCACGAGAUAGCGGAAAUCCAGCUCUUACAGCACAAAAAGAAGUGAAAAUCAUCGUGAUAGAUUUGAAUGAUAACUCUCCCAAGUUUGCUUCGAAUGAUGCUACACUAUCUGUAUCGGAGAACGUUGGCCCUGGUGCGGUAGUGGGGACGGUGUUUGCAAGAGAUUUUGACGCUACUGACAAAGUUUAUUACUAUUUCGUUGGUGGUACUAAAGAGUUGUUUGCACUGGAUGAGAAUACUGGAAUAAUAACCACUAAAAAAACUCUGGAUCGUGAAGAACGAGCAACUUACAUCUUUGAAAUCAAAGCUUCAAAUUAUAGACUAGAUCCUCAAACUUUAGAACCCAGAGCAAGACGAAGAAGAUCUGUCUCUAACUCUACCUCAGGGACGUCUUCCAUUCUACGGAUAACAAUUACAAUCGGUGAUAAAAAUGACAAUGGACCGAAAUUUAAAAAUACGUUAUACACUGGCGGUGUAUCUGAUAGUAUUAAACACGGCGCAAAAGCUCUGCUUGUUACUGCCACAGACGCAGAUUCUGGAAAUAACAGUCGUAUCGCAUACAGUAUCGAUAACAGUAAAUUCAGCGUUGAAAAGGAUACAGGCUGGAUAUUAGCAGCUUCAUCCUUCGCUGGGGAGACUGGUAAAGAGUACACCUUUACCAUAACAGCUAAAGAUAAUUUUGGGGUAGAACCUUACUUCAAUGAUACGACAACAGUUACGAUUUAUAUCUUGGUUGAUAAACAACGAGCUGUGUUGAUCUCAGGUAGACAACCUGAAGAAGUGAGACUGAACAAAGAUGAAUUCAAAAGAAUUCUUGAAAAUAUUACUGGAUACAUCAUCAACAUCGACGAUAUCAACUACUACCAAAAUGAGAAUGGAGAAUAUGACAAAUCAAGGACUGGAAUUCUGUUCCAUGCAGUCGACCCCAAAACAAACAAAAUUGUAAACAGAGACACUCUUAUAAGGUCAAUCGACGAAAACUAUGGAAAAGAAAGGAAAUUCUUUGAGGAAUGGAAAAUCAAGGGUGUCAAAGAAUAUGUUCGAACGAAGGAGGAGUCAACGUUUGACCUUAAAAUGGCCUUGGCCAUAGGCUUUGGUGUCUUGCUAGUGUUCCUUAUUUGCAUCUUCUGUUUUGUGCUGGUUGUUCUKCGAAAACGGCAAAAACGAAGACUUCGAGCUGCCCAAGCACAAAGUUAUGGAGGAAGCUCGCAUGUKUCACGAAGAAGCUCGAUGUCUACAUUACCAAACACCAAUCUACACAACCAUGAAGGAUCUAAUCCAAUCUGGGUUGACCCGUAUCACAAUUGGGGCAUGGACGACGACGACGAUCCAGGUGCUGAUUUCCGUACAUUCAAAACCAAUGGAUCUGUUUCUAAUGGUGGAAUACGCAAUGGUUACAAAGAGAAAUUAAACACUUCCAAUCCGCUGUUUGAGUCCAGGGAAACAUACCUGAACUUAGACUUCGACAACAAUGAAUCCGCAGACGUUGACUUAUCUACAUUUGGCCGUUCGACGUUGAGCGGGAGGGGAAGCGGGAGGGGUAGUGGCAAUGGUAGCAGCAAUCGUACGCCAUCUCCAGAACCUUACGAGUCCUCACCGCCAUCGGACCGCAAUUUUUACGACAACGUUGAAGAUAAAUAUAAAGUCACAUCAAUAUAAUCACUUUAAAUYAUUAGAUUAAAUAAACUUAGAAUUUUAUAGUAGAAUAGUAAAAAAAAUAAUGAAAAACCAAGUUAUGAAAAACGCGACGUUGCACUAAAACCCGCGAUGAAGUGUGGGUAAUAAUGAUGUCACAAUAUGAUGUCAUAACUCAAAGCCACAUAGUCUUCAAAAACGAGAAAGAUCGGUCAUACGACUUCCAUAUAUGGUUGCACAUGUACACGCCACUAAUGUACACAUAGAAGGCUCUCGUGUUUCAUUAUUUGAAGAAGAACUUAGAAAAUUUUCAAAAACUUUACUUAAACUGAAAAUUUUUUUUCUUUUAAGGAAUGCGCGUGAAGAAUUGAAUCAGUGCUAUGCAUUCGCUAAGUCUAUAUUUUUCCCAAACCUAACAAUUAAGCAAUGAGUACGUACAAUUCGCUUGAGUCAGCCUGAAAUUCUGUGAUGUUCAUUUAAGGACAUCCGUGAACAAACACGUAUAUGUAUAUAAGAUUGAAUGUAUAAUUAAUAAACCUUUUAUAGGGACAUUGGAGCCUUCUAUUUUUACAUGAGCGAAGACCUCCAUAUAUGGAAGUUGUACGACAGAUUCUUCUUUCAUGGCCGAUCGAUAUCUUCCCUAGAUGUGCUUUUAGAGAUUUCUAUUAUCUUUCUUGUAUCAAGGACAUUGAAAGUUGCUGUGUAAUAUAGUUUUUAUUGAUAAAAAGGCAUGGAAAAUAGAAAACAUUAUGUAUAAAUGUAGUGAAUGCAUGUUCGUCAGUUUAGUAAAACAUUUUUGUAAUUUGACAACUGUUAUAGUAUUUUAAUGAACCAAACGGAUUUAGCUGGUGUACUGCAGUUGYAGUUAAGCACUUGUAGUGUACUAGUGUACUACUGGUCAACUAUCAUUCAGACGAAUUGAUCGAUAUGUAKGACGAAUCGAUAAACAUGAAGUUAUUUGUAACAAAGGCAACCUAUUGUGAUUAAGUUUGAGUAAAACUGCUUWGUUAAAUAUARAGAGAASCGACGAGGUCGACUUGGCGACAUCGAGGCUGCCGUCAACUUUAUUACUCAUGUGCCAUUUUUAUAUUAUAACUAGUUUUAUAAUUAACAGUUAAGUAUGACUUACUSUUAACGCAUUUUAUGUGAUAAAUGCUCAUUCUGCAGCACUUAAUCAUUAUAUCUGAACUUUUCUAUUCAAAUAUGUAUAAUAUCCAAAGUGCAAUGCGGGCAUGCGCAAUUUGAAUUUUUUUUAAAUCAUUGUAUUUUGAAUAGUGACGCCAUUUUAACAUGAAACUAUAACAUGAAGUAGAUUGAUAUUCAGA